AUGGCGGCGGAAUCGAGGUCGUCGGACUCUGCGCCGAGAAAUGUAGACAUGGAAAAGGGACUCCAUCCCAACACAUCCGAUCUCGAAGGCGCAACGAUUAGAACUGAAUCCGCUCCCGGGUCGCCAGAUAUCAGAGAAGAUGCAGAGAAAGACGCGGAACAAAAUCCUGAUAUCGUCGACUGGGAUGGUCCUGAUGACCCAGGGAACCCCCAAAACUGGCCGAUGAAGAUGAAAUGGAUGAACGUCGCUACCAUUUCAAUGCUGACCUUUGUCACAAGACCACUUGGUUCGUCAAUGUUUGCCCCCGGCAUCCCCAAGAUCAUGGUCGAGUUCGGCGAGACCUCCCCGACCGUAGCAACCUUUGUCGUCUCCGUCUAUAUUCUCGGCUUUGCUUUCGGUCCCCUCAUUAUUGCCCCAAUGAGUGAAGUCUUUGGCCGCGCACGUCUUUAUAUCUGGGGCAAUAUUCUCUUCACCAUAUUUACUGUCGGUGUUGCCCUGUCUCAAAACAUGGCCAUGAUGAUGGCCUUCCGCUUUCUUAUGGGCUUGGCUGGUGCUGUACCCAUUACCAUCGGUAGCGGAAGUAUCGCGGACAUUAUGCCCGUCGAGCUGCGCGGCCGAGCCAUGUCCGCGUGGGCUCUUGGCCCUCUUCUCGGACCCUGUAUCGGACCCGUUGCUGGCGGGUACCUCAUCAAGGCCGCUGGGUGGAGAUGGGUGUACUGGCUGGUUACCAUUGUGGGCGGCAUCUUUAUUCCUCUUUCCUGGUUUAUGAUGAAGGAGACUUUCGCCCCUCUUAUUCUCGAGCGCAAGGCGGAGAGGCUCCGCAAAGAAACCGGCAACCGGAACCUCCGCAGCAAGCUCCAGACAGAGGCAAAAAUUAGUGAUACGUUCCGGCACGCUAUAGUCCGCCCUUUGAAGCUCCUCUUCCUCACCCCCAUCGUAACUCUCAUGGCUCUCUACGUUGCCAUCACCUACGGUAUUCUUUACUUGCUCAUCACCACAUUCUCCUUCGUCUACAAGGACCAGUACGGGUUUGACGAGGGGACUAUCGGCCUCACUUUCCUGCCAGCCGGUAUUGGUAUGAUGAUUGGUGUUGUUACCUUCGGCAUGCUCACCGAUUUCAUCGUCAUUAGAAACAAAGCCAAGGGUCUCACACACAGACCCGAGGCUCGUCUUACUCCGGUCCUUACAAUGCCCUGCGGUGUAGUACUGCCCAUUGGUCUCUUCAUCUACGGCUGGACUGCCGAGAAGGGUGUCCACUUCAUCGUCCCGAUGCUUGGCGUCGUCAUUUUCAGCAUCGGUCUUAUGGGUGUCAUGGUAAGCCCCAAUGCGCUCAAAAUUCCCAGAAUUUCAUCGCUAACUUGGCGGGAAAAGAUGUGUGUGCAGAACUACCUCCUAGACACAUAUCCUCGCUACGCAGCGUCUGUCACCGCCGCGCUGGCUGUUCUCCGGUCCUUGGCCGGUGCUUUGCUCCCCUUGGGAGGUCUAGAGAUGUAUAAUGCUCUUGGACUAGGGUGGGGCAAUAGCUUGCUGGGCUUCAUCUCUGUUGGCCUCAUUCCCAUUCCUCUUGUUUUCUUCCUCUUUGGUGAGCGCAUUAGGUCUAAGUUCAAGCCUUCUCUCUGA